UUUGCAGUCUUUCAUCUAUCAAAGUAUUUCAAGGUCCCCGUGGUCCCGUUUAAGCCCCAACACACCCUACGGCGAGCCCAAUUGCUUCGAUUGUUUUCGAUAUUUUCUCCGCUCCACGCGGUGGCGCUUAUCGGAACCAGGCCGGUGUUCCGGUGUGAUAAAAAAACGCUCGUAAACUUCCUAUCAGCACAUAAAUCGGGCCGAAUUAUGGUCAACGGCUGAUAAUCGUCUCACUGGCGGUAUGAGCGGUCAGCUUUCUUGUCUCAAUAAAUGACCAGCCCGUGCGCCGGGAACGGUUCAGUGAGUAACGGAACGCCUACGAAGAGUUCCACCAGUGAGAUGAUAUUGAAAUUACCCUUGGCCCUAGCAGGAGCCCUCGUGACCCUGCUAGCGGUUCUGCCGGUGUCGAGUGAGCUGAUCCAGUUCCCCACGGCCGACAACGAUCCCGUCGUCGAGUCGGUUUGUGUCGGUGUGAACGCUGGUAUUUUCCCGCAUCCCGAUCCGACCCUGUGCCACGUGUACAUCUCGUGCACCUUCGAGCGACCGAUCGUGUACCAGUGUGCGGCGGGUCUAGUGUUCGAUUCCGACACGCUGUUGUGCGUUCCAGGUGACCGAGAGCAGUGCACGGAUCGAUCCGAGCCGGACUGGAACGCGGUCUGCUCGAGUGUGUCGUACGCCUUCUAUCCGGACCCGAACGAGUGCUGGAAGUUUGUGUUCUGCACGCUCGGUCAGCCCAAUCGGUACACCUGCCCGGAUGGGGAGAUCUGGUCGCAGAAGGAUGGUUCGUGUCGGCUGGGAGAUCGGGAUACCUGCGAAGUGCUGGACGUCGGCAAUCUGUGUGUAGGAAGACCCGAUGGAGCUAUUGCCCAUCCGACUGACUGUCGGCAGUAUCUGGAGUGCAGCGCGGGGCAGACCGCGGUGAGAGAGUGUACGCGUGGUCUUAUCUUCGAUUCGAGCGUAGGCAGGUGUGUGGUGGGCAACACGGACACUUGCACCCCAACGGUGGAGGUCUGCCGUGGCGUAGCGAACGAUCUUCGACCACAUCCCAACGAGUGUCACCUGUUCGUCUUCUGCUCGCUCGGUGAAGCGUCCGUCCUCGUGUGUCCUCCGGGUGAGAUCUUCCGACCGGACAUACGCUUCUGUGUGCCAGGCAAUCGGGAGACGUGCCAGUUCAGCCCGGUGGAGACGGCUUGCGUUGGACGCCCUCCAGGGUUCGUGCCGCAUCCGGACUCCUGCGAGCUCUACCUAUCUUGCGCCAACGGUGCGGCAACCGUGAUGAGCUGCCCGGCUGGAACCAUCUUCAACCCACAAACGGGAACUUGUGCCGCUGGUGACGCUGAAACGUGUCUCGUUACGGAGGGACUCUGUGAUUUGCAACCAGAUGACACCAUUUUGGAGCAUCCACAUCGCUGUGAGUUGUUCAUCAUUUGUCGAGGAGGCAACGCGUUCGUAAACCCCUGCCCACCUGGUGAAGUCCUGCGUGUCGACGCUCAGUUCUGCGUUCCGGGAGAUCCGCAAACAUGCGAGCGAUUCCCGCUGGAAACAAUGUGCACGGGUCGCCCUGGGGGGCUUUUGCUUCCACAUCCAACCGAUUGCGGUCAGUUUGUUGCAUGCGUCGAUGGGCAAACCGUGUCGAACUCCUGCCCAGCCGGGAACAUCUUCAACGCACCGAGUCAGUCCUGCAUUCCGGGUAACGCGCAGACGUGCAUUCCGCUGACGGGCGUUUGCGCCAACGUUCCCGAUGGUACGGUGCUGGAGCAUCCCGAUCGUUGUGACUUUUUCAUCUGGUGUACUGACGGAAGACCAACCGUAAACCAAUGUCCGCUCGGUGAGAUCCUGCGCCCUGAGAUACAAUUCUGCGUUCCUGGCAAUGCGGCUACCUGCGAGUUCGAACCGGUGGAGAGUAUGUGCUCCAAUCGACCGGACUCCAUUUCGUUCCCACAUCCGGAAGACUGUACGCUGCUUGUGCGCUGCGAGCAAGGAACGUCGAUCGUCGAUCGCUGUCCACCGGGCAGCAUCUUUCAUGCUCCCUCGAGGGUCUGUGUUCCUGGGAAUGUGGACACCUGCGAGCGCUUCGUAGGUUUAUGCAUCGGCCAGCCAGAUGGACCGAUCGAACAUCCCAACGUGUGUUCCAGCUUCAUCUUAUGCCAGGCCGGAGUGGAGUUCUUCGUUCAAUGUCCUCCAGGAAACAUUUUCAUACCAGGUGAGGGACAGUGCGUUGCGGGAAAUACGCAAACCUGUGCCCCAUCUGCAGGUAUCUGCUUUGGCCAGCCAGAUGGUGCUAUACUGGAACAUCCAAACGAGUGCGAUGUGUACAUCAUCUGCAUGGCCAACACGGCCGUAGCACUUCCAUGUCCCCCCGGGGAGAUUCUUAAUGCCAACGCGGAGUUCUGUGCCCCUGGAGACCGUGAUACCUGUCAGUUCCACCCGGUGGAAACGAUGUGCCGAGGUAUGUCGGACGGUUCGAUCUAUCCUCAUCCGAGCGAUUGUGCAUUGUUCGUGCAAUGCAAUGGAGAGGUUGCAACGGUUUCAUCUUGUCCGAUCGGGCAAAUUCUACACGCACCGAGUUCAACGUGCCGUCCGGGUAACACCGCAACCUGCCAGUUCCUCGAUGGGGUGUGCCAAAACCGUCCGGAUGAGUGGGUUAUCGAGCAUCCGAACCUCUGUGGACACUUCAUUUGGUGUCAGGACGGAGGCGUUCAGGUCUUACCCUGUCCGGAUAGGGAAAUCCUACGGCCAGACGCUCAAUUCUGCGUUCCCGGAGAUGUCAAUACUUGUAGCUUUGAUCCGAUUGAAAACAUGUGCACUGGCCGUGCGGACGGAGUCAUCUACCCGCACCCAACCGAUUGCACGGCUUCGGUGCAGUGUUGGGGUGGCGAACCAGUGGUUGAGAUCUGCCGACCGGGAACUAUUUUCCUUAUCCAGACGCGAGGCUGUGUCCCUGGAAACCCCAACACCUGUGAACUACUGGAUACGGUUUGUAUGGGCCGUCCCGAUGGCGUCCUCCCACAUCCUGGUGGCUGCGAGCUGUUCCUACUGUGUACCUCCGGUAUCACAUCCGCCCUGCGCUGCCCGGAAGGGGAAAUCCUCCACCCAGAGUUCCUAAUCUGCGCCACCGGAAACGCGGAAGACUGCAGUCUCGCGCCGAUUACCACCGAACCGCCGAUCAUUUCCGUCUGCGAAGGUCGUCCCGAUGGCAACUACACCCAUCCGCUACUCUGCUACCUGUUUAUCCGCUGCACGGCCGGCGAAACAGACAUCCUCUCUUGCCCCCCGAAUCAUAUCUUCGUUGGAGCAAUUCGCGACUGCGCACCGGGCAAUCAGGAAACCUGCAUUCCCUCCUAG